GGCUGUGGUCCCUGGUUGCUGGGAUGGAUUUCUGAGAGGAUAGGAUUCCUAGAAGAAUGUGGCAACGGAAUUCGGUGGCAUUUAAACUCGAGGCUUCUCAAGAACUCUGUCCGAGAACUCUCGAGCAGCAGCAGCAUCAAAGCUUUGGAAGUUUGCCAUGGCCUUUGGAUCGCGUCAGUACGCGGCUUUUGCGUUGCUCCUCUCGCUCGCCAUCCAAGCUGCUGCUCGGCAGUCGUAUCAGCAAGCUUGCCGCGAGUCGGAUGCCGGCGAUCCAGAGUUUUGCAUAAGCACUCUGGCCAAGUAUGGUUUGGAGGGGAUGGAUGUUGCGAGGGGCGCUCCAGGCCGGUUCGAGCUCAUCUCCUCGGCUCUCAGGGCUUCUCUCGAUGGUGUACACGAGGAGAUUCAGAUGUGCCAGAGCUACGGAGGAGGGACGACUACUUCCAGUGCUCUUACUUCCUCCGACGACGGUGAAUUGGCCAGCAGUAAGUUCCGCAAGGUGGCCAUAGACGACUGCGUGGAGCUGCUCACUGAUGCGUCGGAGAUGAUCGGAGACUCCAUGGGGAGCUCUCUCAGGAACGCCAGCACCUCGAGGCUCAACGACGUUCAUACGUGGGUCAGCUCGGCCCUCGCGUACCAGACGACAUGCUUGGACGGCUUGAGCCAGAUCUCUCCCGGACAGGACGUGGUGUUUCAGCUGAGCCAAGAAGGAAGUAAAGUUGGGAGGAGGAUAAGCACUGCUCUCGCGUUUAUAGCAACUUUGCAAUCGAUCUCGCCGACCCGCGGCACAAUUAACGACGUUAGCUGGGUGCCAGAGCUUCUAAAAAAGAAACACAAGAAGGCCGUCACUGCGAAUGUGAUCGUUGCUCAGGACGGAAGUGGACGAUACUCGACAAUCAAGCAGGCCGUGGAGGCUGCUCCCAGCAAGAGUGGCAGUACCUACGUGAUUUACAUCAAGGCCGGGACUUACAGGGAGACAGUUUCGGUGCCAAAAUCCAAGACCAAUCUCAUGUUUGUUGGCGACGGGAUUGGGAAGACCAUCAUCACGGGUUCCAAAAGCGUUAGCGAUGGAGUCACGACAUUCAGGACAUCUACUGUCGAGAUAAACGCGAGAGGAUUCCUUGCCAGAGACUUGACAAUCCGAAACACUGCCGGGGCCGCCAAGCACCAAGCGGUGGCUCUUCGCGUCAGCGCUGACAAGGUCGCGUUUUACAAGUGCUCCUUCGAAGGCUACCAGGACACGCUCUACACUCACGUCGCGCGCCAGUUCUAUCGCGAGUGUAUCGUCUACGGAACCGUCGACUUCAUCUUUGGCGACGCCGCGGCCGUGUUCCAGAGCUGCACGCUUCUGGCUCGCAAGCCGAUGGCGAAGCAGAAGAACACGAUCACCGCCCAGGGACGCACGGAUCCAAACCAAAACACCGGCCUCAGCUUCCAGGACUGUAGCGUUGACGGCACUCAGGAUCUCAAGGGCAGUGGAACUCCAACCUAUCUAGGCCGGCCAUGGAAGAAGUAUUCCAGGACAGUGUUCUUGCGGUGCUACAUGGGGAGCGUGGUGAAUCCGGCCGGGUGGCUCGAGUGGGAUGGAAGCUUUGCGCUCAAGACGCUCUACUAUGCCGAGUAUCAGAGCAAAGGGCCGGGAUCUGGGACCGGGAAUAGAGUUGGCUGGUCGUCACAGAUGAGCUCGUCUGUGGUGGCUAAUAAAUUCACUGCUGGAAGCUUCAUCUCUGGGUCGGAUUGGCUUGGACAGACUAGUUUUCCCUACUCGCUUGGGAUAUAGAAAAUCAGGUACGUCAUAGUUCUACGUGAUAGUGUUCCAGAAGAAGUGUGAAUUGACGGUUGAUUUUGAAACAAAUAAAUUACGACUACUUCAAGAAGUCAA